AUGAAGUUCUCCGCUCUCGCUCUUGGCUUUGCCUCGCUCGCCUCCGCCAUCACUGUUUCAUACGACACCGGUUACGAUGAUCAGUCCCGAGCUAUGACGGCUGUGUCCUGCUCUGACGGCGCAAACGGCCUCAUCACCAAGUACGGCUGGCAGACGCAAGCCAACAUCAAGACACCUUACUAUGGUGGUUAUCAAGGCAUUGCGGGCUGGAACAGUGCCCAGUGCGGCACCUGCUACAGCCUGACCUACAAGGGCAAGACCAUCUACGUCCUCGCCAUCGACCACACCGCUGCUGGCUUCAACAUCAACAAGAAGGGUCUCGAUGCCCUUACCAACAACCAGGCCACCCAGCUCGGCCGUGUGGACGCUCAGUACGCCCAGGUUGCCCUGAGCAAGUGCGGCCUGUAG